GCGAGCAGGCUGAGCGGCGCACGGGAGGGAGGAAAAUGGCCGGCAACGAAAAAAUGGAGAGAACAAGCUGUUGGAGUCAGAAUUCAAGAGUACCCAGUUUUGCCCAGAUGUUGAAGAAAAAUCUACCCGUUCAGGGGUCAUCUGCAGUAGUGAAACAAAUAGCUCCAUAUGUUCCACCAGCUGUAUACAGUGAAAAAAAUGAGGACACCGCCAAAGUGAUCCAAGUUACAGGCAACUUUCCUGAACCAUUUUUAUCUAAGGUAAUCUUGCCUCUACCACCGACAACGUUGGCACCGAAAAAAGUUUCUAAAGAAUUCAUAGUGAAAUACAGACGUGGUGAGAUUAAUCCAGUUUCUGCGUUAUACCAGUUUGCACAAAUGCAGCGCAUGGAACUCGAAUUGAAAGAAACUGUAACUACAGCUAAUGUUUUUGGUGCUUAUUUUGCCUUCUGUGCUGUUGUCGAUGGAAUUCAGUACAAGACUGGAAUGGGGCAAAACAAGAAAGAAGCAAAGGCUAACGCUUCAAAACUUGCACUUGAUGAACUUCUUCAGUUUGAAGAAUUGGAAAAAACUGAAGAAGAAAAUGCAUGUGCUGGUAAAAGACCUCCUCCUUUAAUUCCUGCUGAACCUAAAAUCUCAAAUGACUCCAGCACCUCACAAAGGCAACGGACUGAUAGACGCUCUUUUGUUCACGAGCAUAUUUCCCGCUUGAUUAUGGAAACCUUUAGUAACUUACUGUCUAAACAUCCUGAUUUUCAAAGUUGUAGCAGUUCUCUUGCUGGUUUUGUCAUUGAAAAAGGUGGGCAACAUUGGGAAGUAGUUGCUUUAGGUACAGGAGAGUUUAACUAUGGGCAGCGUGUUCAAAAUGAUGGACGAAUUCUUCAUGACUCACAUGCCAUCGUCACUGCAAGGCGCUCCUUGCUUAGGUACUUGUAUAGACAACUUCUACUUUUCUACAGUAGCAAUGCUAGCAUGAUGGAAAAAUCUAUUUUUUGCACUGAACCAGCAACUGAUCUCCUUGCUCUAAAACCAAAUUUAAACCUUUGCCUCUAUAUGAACCAACUACCUAAAGGAGCUGCCAAAACAGAUUUGCUCAUGUAUCUGAGUCCACAUUCCCUUUCUGCACAUGAAGCCAAUGACAAAUUAAGUCUUCAUAUAUCUGUGGAGGGCAAGAGUUAUCCAGCAGCUUAUUACCCACGGGAGGUUACUCAAAACAUCUGCAGCAUGUCUUCUACUGACAAAUUAACAUUGUGGGAAGUUCUAGGUGUGCAAGGAGCACUUCUAAGUGUUUUCAUACAGCCAAUUUAUAUCACCAGUAUCAUUGUUGGAGCUCCCAAUAUUGCAGACACUAGAGGACUGGAAAUAGCUGUAAGACAACGCAUUGAUGAUGGUUUGACUUCACAACUUCCUAUGUUUUAUCUCGUGAGCAGACCUUAUAUAAGUGUUGCCCCAUCUACUCAGCCAGAGAAGACAGUAGUAGCUAAUCGGUGUCUAAGUUUGAAUUGGUCACAAGGAGAUACUUCUUUGGAAGUUGUGGAUGCAUUAAAAGGAAAAAUAAUUGAAAGUUCACCAUUUAAAAGUGGUACCUCUAUGGCAAGUCGUCUCUGCAAGGCUGCAAUGUUAAGUCGUUUUAACUUAAUUGUCAAGGAAGCCAGACGGAAAGAUUUUCCCACCGGUCUCUCCUACCAUGAGGCAAAGCAUUUGUCUGGACACUACCGGGAAGCAAAGGAUUUGCUGAAAUCUUACUUUGAACAACAGGGAUAUGGAUCUUGGAUUGUAAAACCACCAGUUUUUGAAGAAUUUACAAUGUAACCAGAGAUUUUUUUUGCCUUUAAAUAAUUCAUAUAUUUCCUUUUUUUUAUUUUUUCAUAAAAGUUUAAUCAACAUUGUUUUUAUCUGGAGAUGUGUUUUUCAUGGUCAAACUAGUAAAUAGGAACUAGCAUAUGGUAUGCUGCAGCAACAUAUUUCCUGAU